AUGGCUUUCUGCAUUGCUUCAACCGCUGGUAUAGUUUCUUCCAUCUCUGUUUGUCCAAACCGUGGAGUGUUACUUUUCUCUAAAAGGCCUACCAGCAGUAUUAGUGUACAAAAGCCAGUCCAGUGCAUUGCUAGCUCAGAAAUUAAUGCUUCAACGGCUGUUAGGCGAUCAGCGAAUUACCAACCUUGCAUUUGGGACGAAGAUCACCUGCUAUCCUUGACUAAUGAGUACAUGGAAGAUACAUACAGAAAAAAGGCAGAAAAGCUGAUCGAACAAUUGAGGAUGAUUAUUAAUAGUGCAGACCGGGACAACCCAUUGAAACAGCUUGAGCUGGUUGACAACUUACAAAGAUUGGGAUUGGCUUACCAUUUUGAAAAUGAGAUAGGAAACAUUUUGAACAACUUUCAUAAGAACAGUGAUGAUAAAUGGAAGAAAGGAAAUCUAUAUGCAACCUCUCUAGAGUUCAGAGUCCUCAGACAACACAGUUAUAGUAUAAGUGAAGAGGUUUUUAAUGGUUUUAAGGACGCGACUGGCGGUUUCAAGGAAUGCCUCGGUGACGAUAUCAAGGCGAUACUAGGCUUUUAUGAAGCUUCUCUCUACGGGUUAGAAGGAGAAAGUAUCAUGGAGGAGGCUUGGCAGUGCACUUCUAAAUAUCUUAAAGAGCUUGACAUGAAGGAUAUGGAACCAAAUAUGGCAUUGCAGGUGAAGCAUGCACUGGAUCUUCCUCUUCAUUGGUGGCCAACAAGAGCAGAUACAAGGUGGUUCAUAGAUUUCUACGAGAGACAAGAAGACAAGAACCACCUUCUACUCGACCUUGCCAAAUUAGGCUUCAACAUUGUGCAGGCAAUACACCAGGAAGAUCUUAAAGACACCAAGAGGUGGUGGAGGGAUACUGGUCUUGGAAAUUUAAGUUUUGUGAGGAACAGAUUGUUAACGUCAUAUUUUUGGGCUGUGGGGAUAGCUCAUCAACCUCAGUACUCAUACACCAGGAAAAUCAUUUCAAAGGCCAUUGCUCUAAUUACAGUGAUUGAUGAUAUUUAUGAUGUCUAUGGCACCUUACCCGAACUUGAGCUUUUGACGGACACCAUUAAAAGGUGGGAUAUUAAGGGAAUGAAACAGCUUCCAAGCUACAUGAAAACAACCUAUCUUGCGCUUCACAACUUUAUGAAUGAAAUGGCUUAUCACAUUCUGAAAGAACAAGAUUCAGACGUCACAGAACAUUUAAUGAAAAUAGUAAGCAUGACUAAUUCCUUUGUAUUAAUUUAUAGUUAA